AAAUAAACACUAAUCAUCACGUGCGGUGAGAUUGCUGUGCAAUAGGCGUGUCAUAAGACAUAGAUAGUCUGUACGAUAUAGUUGCAAUCAGUCUGUCAAUUUUCUUUGGAUCAGAGACUUCUCUCUUACAUCUCCUAAUUUUUGGAAAUCUUUUGUUUUAAGCUCCAUUAUGCCUAUGGUAGGAGGAACUGGAGAGGUUAAGGAGCCUGAUGAAAAUAUUCAUCAAAUUACUAAACAGAUCAAAAAUGAAGUGCAGUCAAAAACUGGACUUCUGUUUGAUGAAUUUGAACCAGUCAAGUACAGAAGCCAACUUGUUAAUGGAACUAAUUAUUUUAUUAAGGUGAGACAUGCACCAACUCAACAUUUACACUUGAGAGUGCACAAAAGCUUCAGUGGAGAUGUCACUCUCGCUGCUUUUCAACUUGACAAGAAGCUCGAUGAUGAAUUGGAAUAUUUCCAAUAAUGCUACUGCCCACUUUGAUUUUUAUCAUUAAUUUUUAGUUUGGUGUUAUUAUUAUAUUAAUUAUAUUUUUGUUAUACUAUUAUUUACAAAAAAAAAAUGAAUUUUCACAAAUCAAAAUCCAUAAAGUUUUAUAAUUGUUUGUGAAAUAUUUUUGGGGUAAUUUGUGUAAAUGAAGCAUCAAGAUGUUUUGUGUUUGUUUUUAGUUUGCAAAAAUUGCCCAUAUUAUUUGUAUACAUUAUCGCUAAAAGUAUAGAAAAUGUACUUAUUUUCAAAUAGUUUCUAAAGUGACUACAUGUCAGUGUUAGAUUUUUUUUAUUUAAAUUGUUGUCCUUAGGCAUUUGCAUUUUUACAAAAGAUGUUUUACUUUGUUUUUUGGGUGUAGGAAUAUUCUUGUUUUUGUUAUGUGUACUUAUUUGUUAUUGAAAAAAAAUUUGAAUUUUGCAACAGGUGCUUACAAAAAGAAAUUUUACUUGAAAUUUAAUAGCAAUAUUUAAGAAUUUCAAACCUUUAUGAUUAUAUAAAUUUUAGCACUAAUUAGAGGUAAUAUAUUUCCAGUAAUAUAUAAAAUUAAGAUAUUCAACCAAAGAUAAUUUUUCAUGUAAUUUUGUAUAUUUUAAUUUUAUACAUUUUAACAAGUCAGCAUUCUAUAUUUUCUUACAGCUGCAUUUUUAAAAUAUAUCAGAAAUCAUUAAAUUGUAAUAAGUCAAUUUCUUCAUGGAAAUACUUUCAUGUG